AUGGCUACAAGAAGGGCCGUGGUGAGGGUUACUGCUCAGCCUGCGUGGGCAGCCGUGGCGAGGAGGAUGGAGGGCGUGGGCGGCGGCGGCGGCGCCCGCGUGUCGCGCUACUUCAGCGACAAGGCCUCCGGCAGGGUGCUCAGCGAGGAGGAGCGCGCCGCCGAGAACGUCUACAUACAGAAGAUGGAGCGGGAGAAGCUGGAAAAGCUGAGGAGGAAGGAGGACAAGGCCAAGGCCGAGGCGGCCAAGAGGGCCGCCGCCGCCGCCAAAGGCGACAAGAAGAAGGGUGAGGAGGCUCAUCCGAGCUGA